AUGAAGCCCGAGUUCACGCAAUUCCUCUCCUCCAUGGAGGAAUUGUCGUUAUCCUUUCUCGGGAUCCACGUCUUGGGCAAUCUGUCCGACGUUGUCUACGGAGUAUUCUGGACUGCAUUAUUCAUACCGCGGUUCCUUAUGCCUGGCCAGUCCCAGCUUGCAUCACUGUCCUUGACCAGUGAUAUGCCUAUAGGGCAGGAUCCUCCGGUACAAUUCGACACCCUCCGUUUUCCCGCUCUUCGCAGCCUCUCCCUCAACGGGGUCGUGUUUGACAACGAGGAACGCCUGGAUCGUUUCGUCAUGAACCAUCACGCAACACUUGCAACUCUCGAACUCAAUUCGUGUCCAAUCUAUUUUCCUGAUACGGUGACUCUCGACGUUCCACGUCGAUGGUCAAACUUACUCCAGCGGUUCGAAGCUGGCUUGCAGCAGCUGGUACAGUUCCGCGUGCUGCUGCGUUCGGGAUGGGGACUGGAUAAUCUGGAGGUGUUCGAGCCCGCUGAAACCCGCUUGACAUACGUGUCCUCAUUGUCGGGAUUUGGUUAUCCACGAGGUGGCUGGGGCGAUCCGGCAGACGACGCUGUGCGUGCAGAGGACGCAGCAUCACUAGAGAGGCCUUUGGACGUGCUUCAUCGGCGUAGGCUGUCGCUGUAA